AUGCCUGUGCCCGAAGAGGGCACCCCGCCACCCCUGAGUGGCACCCCCGUCCCGGUCCCAGCCUACUUCCGCCAUGCAGAACCUGGCUUCUCCCUCAAGAGGUCUCGGGGUCUCAGUCGGAGCCUCCCACCCCGGCCCCCUGCCAAGGGCAGCAUCCCCAUCAGCCGCCUCUUCCCUCCUCGGACCCCAGGCUGGCACCAGCCCCAGCCCCGGCGGGUGUCGUUCCAAGGCCGAGCCUCCGAGCCCCUGCAGAGCCCCGGGUAUGACCCGAGCCGGCCGGAGUCCUUCUUCCAGCAGAGUUUCCACAGGCUCGGCCGCCUGGGCCACGGCUCUUAUGGAGAGGUCUUCAAGGUGCGCUCCAAGGAAGACGGCCGGCUCUAUGCCGUGAAGCGCUGCAUGUCACCUUUCCGGGGCCCCAAGGACCGGGCCCGCAAGUUGGCCGAGGUCGGCGGCCAUGAGAAGGUGGGGCAGCACCCAUGCUGCGUGCGGCUGGAGCAAGCCUGGGAGGAGGGCGGCAUCCUAUACCUGCAGACAGAGCUGUGUGGGCCCAGCCUACAGCAGCACUGUGAGGCCUGGGGCGCCAGCCUGCCCGAGGCCCAGGUCUGGGGCUACCUGCGGGACAUCCUGCUGGCCCUGGCCCACCUGCACAGCCAAGGCCUGGUCCACCUUGACGUCAAGCCCUCCAAUAUCUUCCUGGGGCCCCGGGACCGCUGCAAGCUGGGUGACUUUGGGCUGCUGGUGGAGCUGGGUGCAUCCGGAGCUAGCGAGGCCCAGGAGGGAGACCCUCGCUACAUGGCCCCCGAGCUGCUUCAAGGCGCUUAUGGGACAGCGGCAGAUGUGUUCAGCCUGGGUCUCACCAUCCUGGAGGUGGCGUGCAACAUGGAGCUGCCCCAUGGUGGGGAGGGCUGGCAGCAGCUGCGCCAGGGCUACCUGCCCCCUGAGUUCACUGCUGGCCUGUCUUCUGAGCUGCGUUCUGUCCUCACCAUGAUGCUGGAACCUGACCCCAAGCUGCGGGCCACAGCCGAGGCCCUGCUGGCCCUGCCCAUGCUCAGGCAGCCGCGGCCCUGGACCGUCCUGUGGUACAUGGCUGCCGAGGCCCUCAGUCGAGGGUGGGCCCUGUGGCAGGCCCUGCUUUCCCUGCUAUGCUGGCUCUGGCACGGGUUGGCACACCCUGCCAGCUGGCUGCAGCCCCUGGGUCCGCCGGCCACCCCACCUGGCUCGCCGCCCUGCAGCCUCCUCCUGGACAGCAGCCUCGCCAGCAACUGGGAUGACGACAGCAUAGGGCCCUCGCUCUCUCCAGAGGCCAUCCUGGCCAGUGCUGCCGGGAGCACCUCCACCCCCUGCAGUGGCUCCCCUGCCUCCCGGGGCAGGUACACGCUGAGGGAUUCUCUGGACCUAAGUGACAUUGACUCAGAGCCUCCACAGGGCACCUUCCCCGCCUUUGAGCCUCGGAACCUCCUCAGCCUGUUCGAGGACUCACUGGGCCCAACCUGAGCCCACAGGCCCAGGCUCGGCACUUUUAACCUCUUAGCCCCUUCCCUCCAUCCUCCUGGAGGCUGGGGUCCAUCUGGAAACUCCAGUGGUCCCUUCUGCCUGG